AUGCCUGCUUGCAUGAAGCAGUGUCUGCCGGAGAUUGACGGGGUGCUCAGUGCUCUGUCAAAGAACAAUGACACCAAAGAUAUGGCCAACUUCUGCAGUGAACUUCAAGCAUCAACGCACUGCGCAUCUUCUGCUGGCUGCUCAAAGGUGUUCAUCGAGGCGACUGCCAGUGCAUUCCAAUUCGUGUGCCUUAACAAUGUUCAAGCCAUCUCUGAAUCCAUGGAAUGUGUGAAGGAAAACGCCAUGAAUGUUCAACCGGAAUGCGAAGCGCAUUGUGAAGUUCAGUCGAGAAUUAUCGACGAUGCCUCGAAUAAUAAACUAGAGACGAUAUUUGAAGUACCUCGUUUCUGCAACAAUACACGUUGCCUUCUGACCUGCUUCAAGAACAAAAUCGACAAUAAAUGCCGAAUUGGUGAAAAAAGUCUGCUCGACAGCUUGCUAUCGGCGGUUAUGCGCGGUGAAGAUCAUGGAUUUGAGGCCGCUCUUGAAUGGAUCCUACCCGAAGAUUGUCGAAAAAAGAUUCCACCAAAAACAUCUGUUAACAACGGAGCUACUGCUGGCAAAAGCACACAAAAAUCCACCAGACCAGCUCAGAGUUCUCCGAAGAACAACCGGGUGCCGAUCCCCAGCACGACUGUGAACGAGUUGACGGCUGUAGGCAGCAAGUCUGACCCUGUUGUGGUACGAAUCCCACCUGCACCGAGAUCGCCGAAGGAUGAGCCGGUAGAAGCUGCAUUGAUCAUCGAUGGUGAGAUCCGUACUCUCCGUUACCAGCUUUUCGAUUGGCAAGGGAACCCCGUACCAACUCCUGAUUUUGUAACUCUCGCGAAGAUAAUGACUUUACAACUCCUACCUUUCAAAUUCCCUCCCACGCGACCUCAGGAGACUGUUAUGCUCCCGUCAGCGGAAGACGAAAGAGCCGCCGAAAAGCGGAUUGAAGAAAGGAUUGCAAGUGAGGAGCAAGAGGAGCAGGAUGACGAAUGGCGACAAGAUGGUCGUCCAGAACGUCCUUCUAACGAUGGUAUCGGUGUCGCAAUAGGCCUAAUUGUGUUUGCAGCCACGGUAUUCUACUGGGCUUGGGAGACCGCUCGCUCGUGA